UGGUAUAAAAACACGCCAGUGUUGGAAAUUGGCUGCCAUUUUGGAGCAUGCUGGCAAUUGGAAAAUUCCCGAUCAGAAUAUUAAAAUUUUCCCGAAAAAGCUACAAGACAAUGUCUGACCUGCAGAAGAUUGCGGAUAACAACAAACGCGCGGAAGCACUGAUCACCUCGAUCGAAUCCGAGAUCAAUGCUAUCCAGAAGCAGCUGGUGGAGCGGCAGAAGCAAGAGCUCACCAGGGAGAAUGCCCUGUUGGCUAGGGAGGUGGAGGCCGCCUUGGCGCAGCUGGUGAAGCUGGAGCUAAAGAACGGCAAGAAGCAGAUACCGGUGCCCGGAUCCCGAGGACUCUGCACCAGUGCCGCCUCUGAGGCUCCCCCGGCUACAGCUGCAGCUGCCCCAGCUGCCGCUGCUGAGGCGGCGGCGUCCAAGACGGUCAAAGAGCCCAAGGAGAAGAAAGUGAAGGAGAAGAAACCGGCCGCCGAGAAGCCAGCUGCCGCUCCAGAGGCCCCGGUAGACGUCGGACGGCUCGAUAUGCGUGUGGGCAAGAUCGUGGAAGUGGGUCGCCAUCCCGACGCCGAUAGCUUGUAUCUGGAGAAGAUCGACUGCGGAGAAGCUGCUCCGCGCACUGUGGUGUCGGGUCUGGUAAAGUUUGUGCCCCUGGAGGAGAUGCAGAAUCGUCUCGUGGUGGUCAUGUGCAACCUGAAGCCGGCCAAGAUGCGCGGCGUCACCUCGGAGGCCAUGGUGAUGUGCGCCUCGACGCCGGACAAAGUGGAGGUGCUCAGCCCUCCUGCCGGCGCUGUUCCCGGCGAUCUGGUGCACUGCGAGGGAUACCCGCGCCAGCCGGACGUCCAGCUCAACCCCAAAAAAAAGGUCUUCGAGGCGUGUGCUCCGGAUCUAAAGACGAACGGGGAGCUGGUAGCCUGCUACAAGGGGUCCGCUCUCCAUGUUCCCGGCAAGGGCAACGUUGUUGCCCAAACCCUCAAGAACGUCAAUGUAAAGUGAGCGAGACAAUAAACGGAAACUAUCAUCACUGCCUGCAAGGCAUUACUCAGAGCUUCUA